ACACCAGAUCCUUAACCCACUGAACCUGGCCAGGGAUUGACCUCCAGUGCUUAUGGAUACUAGUUGGGUUCGUUGCUGCUGAGCUAUGAUGGGAACUACCCCCAUGGCAUUUUGAAGCAUUAAUUAAUGUAGCACUUCCAGAACCAUGCCUGACCUGCAGAAAAUGCUUACUUUAUGUUAUAACCAUUAUUGUUAGCAUAGGGUGGUAGGAGAAGCUUCUAGAAAGAGCGAGCAGCCUGACCAUCCUGGGCUGAGCUCCUUCCUCUGCCUGUGCAACCUCCAGCAGGUCCCCCUAACAUCUCUGAGGCUCAGCCUCCCGGUUUGUAAACACCCAGCUCGUAGUAGAGCGUUGGGAAAGGCUCAGCCCGAUAAUACCUGGGAAGUGUUUUGCACGAUUCCUGGUGCACAAUAAGUGGUAAUUAUUAUUUUGCUUCUUAAUGAGGUGAGACUUGAAGGACAAGUUGUGGUUUAGCCUGGUCGGAAGGGGUGGGGGAAUGAGCCCGAACAUUCCAGGCAGAGGAAACUGCCCUGCAAAGGCUGGGGGGCGAGAGAUGGGCAUAAAAAUGGCGUCUUUACGUAGUAAGUGUUGGGAGCUCCCUGGUGAUCUAAGUGGUUAGGACUCAGCACUUUCACUGCUGCAGCCCAGAUUCAGUCCCUGGUCUGGGAACUGAGUUCCUCCGUCAAGGGCCGUGAGCCGGGUGGGUGUGUGGGGCAGGGGCCGCUGUGGGGGUAGAAUGACUCAAGGGCCAUCUGGGGAUCCACGGACUGGAGGGAGGGGGCCGGGCGAGGGGACAGGGAGAAGGCGGGGCCUGAGUUGGGGCCCAGGCCAGGGAAAGAGAGGAAGGGAUGGGCGGAGAGACUCAGAGGGCCCGAAGGGUGGGAGAUUGACAGCAGCGAGGGGAGAGGGGGAGGGAGGGAGACAGCGUCUCUCUAGACGGCCGAGCCACGUUGGAGAUGGAAGACGCUAAGUUUAGUGGAACGUGGGGCAGGUGAGGACCCCGGGGGUGGGGGCGGGACUGCUCGGGGUCUCAGGAGAGAAGGCUGGGUGGAAAAUAGCCACUUGGGGCUUGGCCCUGAGGGCCACAGGGGAUCGCGGCAGGGUUUGGAGCAGAGGAGGAGCAGGAUAUUUGAGAGUGGAGGCCAGGAGGCUGCAGAGGAGGAAGACUCAGCUGAAGUCAAGGCCAUGGGGUGGGGAGAGCUCCCUGAAAGGGCGCCUUCCCUCCUCCAGGAAGUCUUCCCGGCUUUGCACCACUACCCCUCCCCCCCACCCCAACCGAGUUUGUGGGUGGGGCAUGGAUCCCACUCCACCAUCCCUCAGACGGGAGCAGCUGAUGAGGACAAGUCGGGUGGGAUGGGUGGCUCCGCAAGCAGAUCCAGGUGGGGAAUCCUGGCACCUCCCACUGGGACUGGCUCCCUUCCCCACCCAGGAAGCUACCAGUCUUGUCGGACUCGUCCAGCCCCAGAGGGAUGGGUGCUGGCCCUGGGUCUCAGUCCGGGAUCCUCCCAGGUGCGGCCAGCACCAUGGACACCGCACGGGCUCUGCUGCUCUUCCUGCUCCUGGCCUCCAGAGUAGGGGUCCUCGCCCUCAGAGCCUCCUCUGGAAUCCAGAAAACCAACAUCUCCUCGGACUCCAAAAGCUCUCCCCAGGGUUCGCAAGUUCCAUCCAUCAAACUCCCCAGCAGGAAAUUUCCGGAUCAGUCUCCAGAUUCAAAAGCCUCUGCUGAGGUCCCUCAUUCCGAAUGGUCCCCUGAGGCCCUGAAUUCCAGUGACAUGCCUGGGUCCUUCUGGUCAAACGUCUCUGCCGAGAGCCACAGUCUGAAUCUGGGACCCUUCUCUGGAAUCCCCGAUUCCGAAGUAUUUCCAGAUACCUUGGGUUCUCAAGUUCCUACCAGAAGCCCAGGGGCUCCCAUUUCUUCUGUUAAGACUCCAGCUUCCAACACUGCUGCUCAAGUCCCCUCUACUAAAGCCUCUCGAGAGACCUCAGUUCCAAAAUUCUCCUCUGAGGACUUGGAUCUUGAAUUCUCUGCCCAGAGCCUGGAUUCCCAAGUUCCUGCAGAAGCCCCCCGAGGAGCGAGCUUCCCUUCGAAGGUGGAGGGGCCUCUCUCAGUGCUGGUGGGGACCAACCUCCAGCUCCCCCUGGUUCCAGUGCCCAGCCCUGGCCCUCCUGCCCCUCUGGUGGUUUGGCGCCGAGGUUCCAAGGUGCUGGCAGCAGGGGCCCUGGGGCCAGGGGCCCCUCUGAUCAGCCUGGACCCCACUUACCGAGAUCGCCUACAAUUUGACCAGGCCCGAGGGGGGCUGGAGCUCACCUCCACCCAGCUCGAGGAUGCCGGGGUCUACACAGCUGAGGUCAUCCGGGCCGGGGUCUCCCGGCAGAUUCGGGAGUUCACGGUGGGUGUGUUUGAGCCCCUGCCCAAGCUGUCGGUGCAGCCCCAGGCUCCGGAGACAGAAGAGGGGGCAGCCGAGCUCCGGCUACGCUGCAUGGGGUGGGAGCCGGGUCGCGGGGAACUGAGCUGGACCCGGGACGGACGCGCCCUGGAGGCAGCAGACCCCGAGGGAGCAGAACCACCCCGGAUCCGAACAGAGGGCGACCAGCUGCUCAUCGCGCGCCCUGUGCGCAGCGACCACGCCCGGUACACCUGUCGCGUCCACAGUCCCUUCGGCCACACGGAGGCCGCGGCCGACGUCAGUGUUUUCUAUGGCCCGGAUCUGCCGGUCAUCACCAUCUCCUCGAACCGUGACGCCGACCCCGCCCUUUAUGUCACCGCGGGCAGCAACGUGACCCUGCGCUGCACCGCCGCCUCGCGGCCACCGGCCGACAUCGCGUGGAGCCUGGCUGAUCCUGCCGAGGCCGCGGUGCCCGCCGGCCCGCGCCUCCUGCUCCCCGCGGUCCGGCCGGGCCACGCCGGCGCCUACGCCUGCCUCGCCGCGAACCCGCGCACUGGGCGCCGCCGCCGUUCUCUGCUCAACCUCACGGUGGCGGAUCUGCCCCCCGGGUCCCCACAGUGCUCAGUCGAAGGGGGUCCUGGGGACCGCAGCCUCCGCUUCCGCUGCUCGUGGCCCGGCGGGGUCCCUGCGGCCUCCCUGCAGUUCCAGGGUCUUCCCAAAGGCGUCCGGGCGGGGCCUGAGUCCUCUGCGCUCCUGGCGGUCGUCCCCGCCCACCCCCGGCUCAGCGGCGUCCCUGUCACCUGCCUUGCUCGCCACCUGGUGACCACGCGCACCUGCACUGUCACCCCGGAGGCUCCUCGAGAGGUGCUCCUGCAUCCGAUGGUGGAGGAGACACGGUCAGGGGAGGCAGGGGUGGCGCUGGAGGCCUCUGGCUGUCCCCCACCCUCUCGAGCAUCCUGGGCUCGGGAAGGGCGGCCCCUGGCCCCCGGAGGUGGGGGGCGCCUGCGGCUCAGCCAGGACGGGCGGAGGCUCCUCAUCAGCAACUUCAGCCUGGAUUGGGACCUGGGAAAUUACUCCGUGCUGUGCAGUGGGGCGCUGGGUGCUGGGGGCGACCAUAUCACUCUCCUUGGACCUUCCAUCUCCUCAUGGAGGCUGCAGAGAACCCGGGAUGCAGCGGUGCUGACCUGGGAUGUGGAGCGCGGGGCCCUGAUCAGCGGCUUUCAGAUCCAGGCUCGGUCCGAGGGCCCUGAUCUGGGCAGAGCCACCGCCUCCAGGGACUGGGUCUCCCUGCUCAUCCUGGGACCUCGGGAGCGUUCAGCCGUGGUGCCCCUCCCUCCCAGGAACCCGAGGACCUGGGUCUUUCGGAUCCUGCCCACCCUGGGAGGCCAGCCAGGGACCCCGACCCAGAGCCAGGUCUACCAGGCCGGCCCCACCCUGAGCCCUGGGACCAUCGCUGGUAUCGUCCUGGGUUCCCUACUGGGCCUGGCGCUCCUAGCAGCACUUCUCCUCCUGUGCAUCUGCUGUCUGUGCCGAUUUCGAGGAGAGACUCUUAAGAAAAAGAAGCAACCCCCUACCUUGAGCCCUGUAUUCCCUCUCCCGGAAAAGAAGUUGCAGAGUGUGACCCCCUUGCAGACUGCAAGGCCUCCGCCCUUCGAAGUCCCACUGGAGGACCCUAGCCCACCCGGGGCCCUCCCAGCCACUGGCCCCCGUCCAGUCGACUCUCCAGGCGGGGGCCCCAAGGCUGUUCGGGCAGCCACGCAGGUGUGACCAAGGCCAGCGGGCGGCUCCACGUGGGACUCUGGGGGCGGGACUUCCUGUUUUGCCCCAGCAGCCGUCGGAGCCUUCGUGCACCACUGUGGCUGAAGCUUGGACCCGGAAAGGGGGACUUCUGGCUUCUCUCUCAGCGCAGAAGACAGCUCCCUGUAUUUGUGCAACCAAGGAGAUGGGACCCCUGGGCUGGGAGAGACUCCUGCUGAUGUAAUGACGGUGGUUUGCCCAACCUUCGAGAAGGCAAGACAGGCAGGAUCUGCGACCGACCAGCAGGGCUGGCUACGCUGCUCUGAGCGCAAGAGGGCGCCCUGCCUCAUUCUCUGAAAGGCGCUUCCUACAGCCACAUUUUCCUCCUCCAGCCCCCCUCCUCCAGCUCUCAGUCUUCGUCUUAGAUCAGAUCACGUCCUUCUUCUCUUUAAACCUUUGUGGCUGCCUGUGGCCCUGGAGAUACUGUUCAAAUUCCUCAUCGUGACCUUCAAAGCCGUGUGGUUUGACCUCUGUCAGCCUCUCUGUCCUCCCGUCCAGUACUUUCAUCCCUGCUUCUCUCCACCAAGCUUUAUUUUGCUUCCAGGCCUUUCCUCCUGGAGUUUAUUCCCUGAAGCGGCUUUCUUUUUGCUCUGUGUCAUUCAUUUCUCAAAUGCAAAGGUAACCGUUACCA